UUAGGUUUCCUUUCUGUAAUUGCUACAAGGUUUUGAAUUAAUUCACACAAAGAAGUGUUUGGUGGCUUAGGAUAAUAUUAUUGAAUGGAUGAUUAUCUGCUUUUAGCAACGUUGCAUCUAAACUCAGUUAUUGUGGAGGAUUCACUUCCAGUCCACUGAUGUAAAUGGGAGCAGAAUUUCACCAACUGCUUCCAACACUAAGAUAAUGUUGGAUACUAACAAACAUCACUCAACAUCAUCGAAAUUGCCUGAUGUCAUUGUUGUGACCAGAUCUCUCUUUCUUCCUCACCACAGUUUUCUAGCUGCCAUUUUGUUGCUUUUGAUAUCCUGCGGUUACAAUACACUUUACAUUUCUUCUCCAUCCUCCCAACAACGUUUCUUGUUUAAAUUGCUCCUUGAAGGAUGGCUAAAGCUUUACCAAAGGGGCUUACCCUGGCCUACCUCUCACCAUCAAAAGUGGCAUUUGCCUAAUAACAGUAAGAUAUGCUGUCCCUUUAAAAGAGAAAAUAAAUCCCUUCUUCUCAGUGUUUCAAGCCAUCACUGCCAAAAGGAGCUUCCAAUCCCCGCCUGACCUGCCACAGAGCCUUUCCAUGCGGGAUUCAACAGGUACUUUGUAUGCUUAUGAUUGUGUUACCUCUAGUUAGUCCUCGGAUUAAGAUAACAAUUUUCACAGGAUUUUAAAGCAAGAUUAUCAAGCUUGUCAUCUCAGAGUCUUUCACAAAGUGUUUAUUAGGACCUGGCAAUAACCUCCAGUUUUAUAUAAGCUCUGAAGAUAAUUAUCUUUGUCAAGAGAUAUCAGACCUGGUGUAUCAUGGUGUGUUUAAAAUGAGAGAUGACCUUUGGAUGCUGGAACUGAAUGAAGAGCAUCGAAACCUGCUGGAAGUCAGAGUCCAGAAUGCAGUGGUUCUGCUGGCAUGUGGCAGUGAAGAUGAGCCUGGGAUUUCUGUGUCUCCUUCUGGUUUUCAACACAGCUUCCUGCAUAAGAAGAGAAAACAAGAAAGAGAAGCAAGUGGCAGUGCUGGCUACCGCAGAGCUGCCUGCAAAGUCCGUGGAUCUGGCUGCUGUUAACCUGACAGAGCUGGUGAAUGGAAUGCUGAACACGGUGCUCAGAGGUACCAAGAAGCUCUUCUCCUUGCUGAGUGUCACGUCUUACAGCUCAUUUGCCUUCCACAAAGUAUCAGUCACCAUUUAUAACAUUUCCAAUGUGAAAAAUGUUGACCCUGGCAAGUUCCCCAUGCAUUACUGCUACUGUUUGAACAAUGUGACAAAUGACUUGACAGAUUUCACAGCUUUACUUGUUGAUAUUACUGGAAACUCUACCAGUUAUCUCACAGAAAUAUUCAAAUCCACUUCUAUUCUCUCAGUGCAUCAGAGCAAUGAUUCAGAUUGCAUCUACAUCUGUGUGAUGACAGGGCAGACAGGGAGAAAUCUGUCUGACUUUUGGGAAGUGCUGCAAAAAUCCCCUGUUAUUAAUUAUACAUUUUCCAGUAACACAUCUUCUGACCUGGAUGUAGACUCGAUGUUUUCAAGUGUCAUGAAAUUACAGGAAGACCCAAAGAAAACAGUGGAUCCAUCAGCAGAACAUGUGUGGACAUUUAAAACUACCAGGAUCCCUCUUGCCCAGAAAGGGGAGGAUAUCACCACCAUGAGGUAUCCACCAUGGCCAAAGACGGUUGGAGUUAAAGAAUUAUGGUUUCCACCACUACAUGGACCACCCGACACAGCCGGACCCCAUUUGACUGCAGGGGGGAGAUUGACCCCAUCACCAGCCCUGCAGCCCAGCCCUAGUGACAUGGAUGCAUUUUGGAUGCAGACAGUGUCUCCUCAAGAAACCAGCAAACUCAUACAAACAGAGCCAGAUUUGCCUUCUGCACUGCUGUCUGUGCCACCCUACAGGCCUGGUGUGAGCCUGAAACUUUACUCAGCUACCAGGUGUUCACAGGCGAUGCUCAAAGAGUCCCGUGUGACCUCACCUCCUGUCACUCUUCUAGUGCAGAAGAUCAGUCCCUGUGUGAUGGAGCUGUGUAGGUUUUUCCAGCUGUGCCUCUGUGUUGGUCAGAGAAGAUACUCCAGGAAGGAAGGCAUGAGGUACUGUGUUGAAUACUAUUCCUGGUUCUUGAAAAAUGCAAGUUAUGUCUGUGCAAGAGUCAAAAGAGUUGCUUACUCCCAAACACUAAAACAAAAAUGCCUUAAAAACAUCUGUACGUCAGUCUAGAGCACUGGGGAAUUAUCCUGUGAAUUGGAAGAUCGUUGGCAGUUUUAGUUGUCUCCUUCAUGUAAAAAUGAGGAUGAAACAUGUUAUUUGCAAAUAUUUAUAACAAGGCAAACUAUUAACCAUAUGCUAACCUAGAAAUGUGUCUUCCAUUACGGCAUUGCAAAAUUAAUGUGUAAAAACAGAUGUAUUUUAUACAAAUGAUGUAACUGCAAUAAAAGCAUUGAAAGGCUUUUAAAAAAUGGAUUUUAUAAAGGGUAUUUAUAUGGUUGGGUAGUGAAUGCAAACAGUUCAUUCUAGUUUUAUUUACAAUUAAGAGAAUCACAAUUAAUGAAUACAAGGUAACUUAAAAGCAACCUGAAAUACUGGUGAGAAAAAGGAUUUUGCCUGGUGUUCAACACAUGCAGAUUAUCCACUAUUCCAAACCAAGAGUCUCCC